CCGCCCGCUGGCCCGGAAGCAGUGCGCGGCCGUGCCCGCCGCCUCAGCGCUGAGAUGGCGGCGGUCUCCGUGCUGCGGGCGCCCGGCGGCGGCUUCAGCUUCGACAACUGCGCUCGGAACGCGCUGCUGGAGGCCGAGCAGGUGCCGCAGGGGCAGCGGCUGCCCGCCGCCCGCAGGACCGGCACCACCAUCGCCGGCGUCGUCUUCAAGGAUGGUGUGGUCCUUGGAGCAGACACAAGAGCAACUGAAGGGAUGGUUGUUGCUGACAAGAACUGUUCAAAAAUACACUUCAUUUCCCCCAAUAUCUACUGCUGUGGGGCUGGCACAGCUGCAGACACUGAGAUGACAACUCAGCUCAUUUCCUCCAACCUGGAGCUGCACUCCCUGUCCACCGGGCGCCUUCCCAGGGUUGUGACAGCCAAUCGAAUGCUGAAGCAAAUGCUCUUCAGGUAUCAAGGCUACAUUGGAGCUUCCCUGGUUUUGGGGGGAGUGGAUGUCACAGGACCUCACCUUUACAGCAUCUAUCCCCACGGGUCAACUGACAAACUGCCUUAUGUCACCAUGGGCUCUGGAUCUUUAGCAGCCAUGGCAGUAUUUGAAGAUAAAUACAAGCAGGACAUGGAGGAAGAAGAAGCCAAACAGCUUGUGAGAGAUGCCAUUGCAGCUGGCAUAUACAAUGAUCUGGGCUCGGGCAGCAACAUCGACAUCUGUGUUAUCAGCAAGAACAAGUUGGAUUUUCUCCGUCCUUACGACGUGGCCAACAGAAAGGGGGACAGGUAUGGUAGAUACAAGUGUGAAAAAGGAACCACUGCUGUUCUCACAGAAAAUGUAGCACUCCUGGAAAUUGAGGUGGUGGAUGAGACUGUACAAACUAUGGACACUUCCUGAACCAUCAUGUGCAGCCCUUGGUGCCACUGGAGACCAGCACCAGCCAUGAUUAGGAACCUCCCAGCAUCAGGGAAACCUGCAGCCAAGACAGAAUAAAGAGGGUUCUGACCAUUCUCCUAA